AUGAAUGAGCUCAUGCUGUGGGCCGCCUUGAUCGCGCUCCCGGUCGUGCUUCUCUACCCGGUGAUUGGCAAGAUUCGUCGCCGGGGAAGGAUGGACCGCCCUGAUGGACUUUACACGGUCUACGAGCCUGAGCAGGCUGAGGACGUCACUUUUGAGAUUGUCGCCGUCCAUGGCCUUGGGGCACAUCCGGAAUACACCUGGACAGGCACUUCAUCGGCAUCGACCGGUUCGGGCGACGUGAAACGCAUCCACCUGCUGCGAGACCUACUGAAAGAUGACUUUCCGACCGCACGGAUUCUGGCGUUUGCGCAUAACUCGGACUGGUUGAUCAAUGCGCCGGUUAAGUCAGCGCAGCAAAUUGGCGAACGGUUGCUGGACGAGCUGGUAAAGCAUCGGAAAAAACAACAGAUUGUCCCACGGGACUCAGCGCGAGGCGGCCAUGGUGCUAUACUCAUUGAUAUCACUAAAGACCACUCUGGAUUAAACAAGUGCCGCGGGCGGGACGAUCCAUUAUAUCACAGCCUUCAGGAACAGCUACGAACACUUAGACCGACGACCACACCCACCCUGAAUGGCGACCAGCAGUACGUCGUCGACAAAUUACGCACUGUGGAAGAUGCCGCAUUCAACUCCCGUGUAAACGAACACGUCGCGACUUGCCUCGGAAACACGCGCCAUGAGCUGCUCGGCACGAUCAGCCAAUGGAUUAAAGCCCCAAUCACUCGCGAGCAUGCAUAUUGGCUUCGAGGAAAGGCUGGCACUGGCAAGUCAACGAUCGCUCGCACCGUGGCUGAUACCCUUGACCGGCAGGAUCGCCUUGCUGCCAGCUUCUUCUUCAAGAGGGAUGAACUCGAUCGUAGUAGUGCCCGCUACGUGUUCACAAGUAUUGCUGCCCAGAUCGCCCAGAAAUUACCCGCGGUAGCUGAGCAUAUGCGAAACACCAUCGAAGCGAAACCAAGUAUCGCCACUAUGGCAUUAGGGGAGCAGUUUAGGAGACUUAUCAUGCAGCCAAUGGAAGCCGCCUCGCGUGAAACUUCCACGACCAUGACAGUUGUGAUCGAUGCCCUCGAUGAAUGUGAGGGUGAUGAGGAUAUCACGACGAUUAUCAAGUUACUGUUGCAGACCGAUCGCUCAACAGUAGUCCCGUUAAAAUUCUUCGUCACCAGCAGAUUUGAGCUUCCAAUUCGUCUCGGGUUUAAGGGGGUCCAAGACAAGUUCAUCGAGGUUUCUAUUGACGAGAUCCCAUGGCCCACGAUCGAGCGAGACAUCACAGCCUUUUUGAAAUUUCGAUUGGGUGAAAUUCGGUCAAUGUUCGAGCUCGCCUCUGAUUGGCCAGAUCCAACCCAAUUCCGCAGACUGGUCACAAAUUCUGUGCCGCUUUUCAUCUUUGCGGCUACGACCUGUCGCUUCAUUGAGGAUUGCCGACAGGGCGGUGACGGGCCGGAUGAUCGGCUUCAGAAGAUCCUCCAACAUGAGGCCCGUGGGAAUCUUGACCAAAUAUACCUACCCGUCCUAGACCGAAUGGUACAUGGAUUGAAGUUCGCUGCGCAAUUGAAUGCGAUCAAUGAGUUCAAAUUGAUCGUGGGCUCAAUAAUCACUGUUGCAAAUCCUCUAGGCGCUGCGCCAUUGGCGAGCCUUCUUGAUAUCUCCACUGGAAAAGUCAACAACAGACUGGGGAUGCUUCACUCUAUACUCGACGUCCCAACCAACGCUACUAUUCCGAUAAGAAUAUUCCACGAAUCGUUUCGAGAUUUUGUCAUUGAUCCAGAGAUGAGCCAGUCCUUCUACGUUGAUGAGAAGGCCACCCACAAGAUGCUUGCAGACAGAUGUCUUGCGCUGCUUUCCCACGGUGGCCAUCUGAAACAGGACAUCUGUGGACUAGAAGCGCCGGGGCGUCUUCGUACUGUUCUCGACAAGCCAAAGAUUGACCGGUGUCUGCCAUUACAUGUUCAAUAUGCGUGCCUGUACUGGGUGCAUCAUUUGAAGAAGAGCGGGGUCAAGCUGAACGAUGAACACCAAGCCCUGUCCUUUCUCCUAGAGCACUGCCUUCAUUGGCUUGAAGCCUUAAGCCUGAUGGGAAUGAUAUCCGAGGGUAUCAGGCUAAUCAAUGAGUUACAGGGUCUGAUUGAUUCGGUGGCGUUCUCCCCGGACGGCCAAACGGUGGCCUCUGGCUCGCUUGAUAACACGAUCAAGCUGUGGGAUGCUCAGACGGGCAAGGAGCGACAGACCCUCGAGGGGCAUUCUGAUUCGGUCCGGUCGGUGGCCUUCUCCACGAACGGCCAAACGGUGGCCUCUGGCUCCGAUGAUCACACGAUCAAGCUGUGGGAUGCUCAGACGGGCAAGGAGCGACAGACCCUCGAGGGGCAUUCUGAUUCGGUCCGGUCGGUGGCCUUCUCCCCGAACGGCCAAACGGUGGCCUCUGGCUCCGAUGAUCACACGAUCAAGCUCUGGGAUGCUCAAACGGGCAAGGAGCGACAGACGCUCGAGGAACAUUCUGGUGUGGUCUCGUCGGUGGCGUUCUCCCCGGACGGCCAAAUGGUGGCCUCUGGCUCGGUUGAUGAGACGAUCAAGCUGUGGGAUGCUCAGACGGGCAAGGUGCGACAGACACUCGACGGGCAUUCUGAUGAGGUCUGGUCAGUGGCCUUCUCACCGGACGGCCAAACGGUGGCCUCUAGCUCAUAUGAUUGCACUAUCAAGCUGUGGGAUACUCAGACGGGCAGGGAGCGACAGACGAUCGAGGGGCAUUCUAAUUAUGUUCAGUCGGUGGCGUUCUCCCCGGACGGCCAAACGGUGGCCUCUGGCUCAUAUGAUCGGACGGUCAAGCUGUGGGAUGCUCAGACGGGCAAGGAGCGACAGACCCUCGAGGGGCAUUCCAAUUCGGUCCUGUCGGUGGCCUUCUCCCCGGACGGCCAAAUGGUGGCCUCUGGCUCGGUUGAUGAGACGAUCAAGCUGUGGGAUGCUCAGACGGGCAAGGAGCGACAGACACUCGACGGGCAUUCUGAUGAGGUCUGGUCAGUGGCCUUCUCACCGGACGGCCAAACGGUGGCCUCUGGCUCCGAUGAUCACACGAUCAAGCUGUGGGAUGCUCAGACGGGCAAGGAGCGACAGACCCUCGAGGGGCAUUCUGAUUCGGUCCGGUCGGUGGCCUUCUCCACGAACGGCCAAACGGUGGCCUCUGGCUCCGAUGAUCACACGAUCAAGCUGUGGGAUGCUCAGACGGGCAAGGAGCGACAGACGCUCAAGUGGCAUUCUGGGGUGGUCUUGUCGGUGGCCUUCUCUCCGGACGGCCAAAUGGUGGCCUCUGGCUCCGAUGAUCACACGAUCAAGCUGUGGGAUGCGCGGACGGGCAAGGAGCGACAGACGCUCAAGUGGCAUUCUGGGGUGGUCUUGUCGGUGUCCUUCUCCCCGGACGGCCAAAUGGUGGCCUCUGGCUCAUAUGAUCGCACGAUCAAGCUGUGGGAUGCUCAGACGGGCAAAGAGCGGCAGACGCUCGAGGGGCAUUCUAAUGUGGUCUUGUCGGUGGCCUUCUCCCCGGACGGCCAAACGGUGGCCUCUGGCUCGUCUGAUAACACGAUCAAGCUGUGGGAUGCUCAGACGGGCAAGGAGCGACAGACGCUCGGGGGGCAUUCUGGUGGGGUCUGGUCAGUGGCCUUCUCUGCGGACGGUCAAACGGUGGCCUCUGGCUCGCAUGAUUUCACGAUCAAGCUGUGGGAUGCUCAGACGGGCAAGGAGCGACAGACACUCGAGGGGCAUUCCAAUGCGGUCCUGUCGGUGGCCUUCUCCCCGAACGGCCAAACGGUGGCCUCUGGCUCGAAUGAUAAUACGAUCAAGCUGUGGGAUGCUCAGACGGGCAAGGAGCGACAGACCCUCGAGGGGCGCCCCGACUCGGUCGCGUCCAUCGUGGGCCGGAUUCCCGGCCAGCCCGAUCCUCACGUUUCCGUUGCAAAUGACUGGGUCACCUUUGGAAACGAAAAUCUGAUAUGGCUCCCUGCUGAGUAUCGCAGUUUCAUUUCCUCCGAUAUACAACACGAUAGGCUGGCUCUUGGAUACUCCACGGGGAAAGUUUUGAUAAUAGGUUCUCGCAAUGAUUAG